AUGUCUACCUGCCACUUCCUAAUAACAUUUUACACUUGCCUUUUUGUUAGCCUAUGCUGCCAUCUUACAUGCUUUCUUAGAUCCUCUUUUAUCGCUUUUUCUUUAUCAAAGGCUGGAUUACCUAUAAUUCCAGAGAAUUGUCCAGCUUGUUUUGAGCAGCCAAAAGAGCGUUUCCGCAUGAAGCGGCUUCUUGCGGAACAGGAGAUCAUCUUUCCUCGUCUGUUUGCAAACCUCCGUGCUGCUAUGAUGCCUCUGAUCCAUUUGGAUACUGCGGACGGCUUAUCUGCCUUGUGCAAUGCAAAAAUGGCUCUUCAUCGUUUCUCCAAGAUCAAUGGUGGAGUGAACUUCCUUACUAAGACCACUACUAUCCAGGCUUAUCCAGAAAGAAAAGCCAAAGUGGAAACGAAUCCACGUGCAGAGGAUGACAAUAAAGAAUGUGAUAAUGAUGAGAUGCUAUUAAAAUGCCUUUCCAGUGCCAUUUGA